AUGGAUGCUUUUGUCGUAGUUCACGAGAACCUGAUACGAAAAGCAAUCAACGGGCAGCCUGGACAUCCUGAUUGGGCAGGAAUAAUGAGGUUGGUUAAUGCAGUAGAAGCUCAACCAAGUUCAAUUGACGUUUUUCUUGAAUUGCUUGUCAAGCAUCUUAAAAAAGAUCCUUCAGGAUUAAAAUACAACUCACUUAUGUUGAUUGAUGCUCUGUUUAAGAACGGUAAGAAGGCUCAAUUGGCUAGACUUCAGACCAAAUUAUUGACAUCGCAAUUAUCAGCACCUGAGCUUUCCGAAGAGCCACAACUUCAAAACUUUAUCCAUCAGAAUGCAAAAAUUUGGGUAGAUUGCUGUGCAAAAGAAAAUUGCUUGAAUAGCGAUUUCGAUAAGUGGCAGAAAACAAUUUGCACAUAUUACUUUGUCCCACAACUUACAGAUGAACUUAGAACUAAAUUCUACUCAGAUCUCGAUUCCGCUGCAGAAAUAUUAGCAAUGUUUUGCCAAACGUUGAUAACUACAUUUGCGGAACAGGGCAACCCACAGGACCCAUUGUUGAGAGAAAUCAACAUUAACGUGCUCGAAAUCUCUCGUCGUGCGGAAAAAUUAGUUCAAACUUUGAAUGAUCCGAAAUUAAGAUCAUUUUGCUCUAAGAUAUUUGAAUUUGCUAAAUGCUGCAUCAUCCAAUACGAAGCAUUCAAGAAAAAUGGUUCUUUUGAUACACAAUUGUUGACAAAAUCGAUGAUGAAAGUAGAAGCCGAACAAAAGAGUAGAGGACAGGCUAAAAAUGCUAAAUCUGAAGAAAAACCUGUAAAGAGAACUCCUCUUCGUACUUAUGGCGAUGAUAUGGCGGAUGAAGACUUUUUCGCAGAGAUGGCUAAGCUUCGCGCACAAAGAAAAGGAUUACAAGUUCAGGCUCAACCUGUUUCUACGCAGCAAGCUGUUAAUGAUCUUUUGUUAUUAUUAUAA